AUGCCGGACGAUUCCUUUGUGAUUGAUCAUAAGUUAUUGUACAAUGAUUUGGUUGGACUGAUUUGUGAAAGAGUGGGGUGGAAUAGAAAGAAUGUGAAUUUGAGUCUAUUGAUUUUGUAUGAUACGAUGCGCAAUGGUUUUAGGCGUAUCGCCAAAAUCAAGGACGACGCAUCGUUGCAAGUGUUGUAUUUCCUCCCAAGUUCGACAUAUAUUGAUUUGUAUGUAGAUUUGGAGGUGGCGGGUACUUCUAGGUCCCAUUUGGAAGUAGGGACAACUAGUGGUAGGCCGAAUGUGGAGAAUGUCGAUUAUAUGGAAGAUGAUGAUGUGGGUGGACCGUUUAUGGAGGAUGGCGAUCACAUGGAAAAUAAUCACGGUGAAGAUGAUGAGGACUACACAUCGAUAAGUGAUCAAAGCGAUGAAAACCAAUCAAUAUCCGAAGGAAGUCGGGAGAGUGAUGAAGAGGUCGAAGACAAAUUCGCCAUAAAGGAUAGGCACAUAUAUCGUUCACAGGGUACAUGGAUCAUACAAAACGUGGAACAUAGAGCAAAAGAGAUUAAUGUGAAGGAAAGUGAUGGUUCAACAUGGUAUAUUUGGUGCAAAUCCCUAAAAGAGUCAACCCCUAAGGGUUAUGUUUCUUGCCGUUGGAAGGUACGUGCCUCCUUGAGAGACCACGGUUUGUGGGAGAUUGUGAAAUGGGUGCCCGAGCACAAUUGUAUGAAUGUCACCGAGGAAAACAAUAAUCGGAAUGUGAGCGCAACGCUUAUUGCGCAUCUCAUAAGGCAUAAGGUUGAGUUGGACCCAGAUUAUGAAGUGAAGCUCCUUCAGGAAGAAGUGAAAGACCGUAUGCAUGUCGAUGUUCCUUACCACAGGGCAUGGGAGGGAAGGAGAAAAGCUAUCGAUUUUGUUUACGGCGACUGGGUUUCCAAUUUUGACAUACUUCCAAGUGACUUGGUGGCGCAGUUUCGAAGUAAAAAGAUCAAAAGGUUGUGUUGGGAGAUGGGCACGAAACUUUCUAAGUCUAAAUUCAAAGAACUAAGGAAUGAGCUACGUGAUUUUAGCAAUGAUGCUUAUUUGUAUCUCGAGGAGAUUGAUGCUUGUCAGUGGUCUCUUGCCAAAGACAAACACUAUCGUUGGGGUAACCAGAGAACGAACAUUUCUGAGAGCUACAACAACGUCCUCAAGGGCGUUCGUUUCUUGCCAAUCCGAGCUUUGGUGGAAGCCACUUUUAUUAAGACUGUGGAUUUGUUCCAGGAAGAAUACGUGAAGUCGAGGAAAUGUAUUACUCCGGUCCCAACUGACUUGUGGGAAGACUUCAAGAAAAAAGAAAAGAAAGCCGCGCAACAAAAAGUCAACCGUUAUGGUGCUAUUAAUGGCAAGUUCAAGGUGAAAAGUAGAGCCCGACUUGGUGGUAAAGGGGACAACACGUACACUGUGAAAUAUGAAGAGAAGAAGUGUUCUUGCAAGAAGUGGCAAGAGUAUAGGUUCCCUUGUACACAUGCACAAGCUGUGUGUCGGAAGAUAAAAGAUCAACCAAUCAAUACGGUGAAUCCAUAUUUCAGGGUUGUUGCUUGGCAAGACCAAUUCAGUGGGCGCGAUGACUUUUCCCCGGUCCCUGAUAUGAGAAGAUGGCCUAAGGUUGGAUGGAGACUCGUUCCUAACUACGAGCGAGUUAUUAUGCAUGCUGGACCCGGUCGUUGGCAAAAGAAGAGAUUUAAAAUACAAAUGGAUUAUAGGGGACGCAAAUCGAGGGGUGAAUGUUUGAGAUGUGGCUCAAGGAAUCAUUUCACCAAUGCGUGCCCAAAAUCACACAAGAAAUCCGAUAGGACAAGGCUCAAGAUCAAUUGGGACGCCGAUGGUAUUCACAACGACUAGGAUUGUUUGGUUGAAUUGUUGUUUAUGUGGCAAAACAAUGUUUCAUGUCUCGAAACUUUUGAUAUUUAUGCUUUAGUUUGUUCGAUUUGGAGUUUAUGUUGUAGUUCUUUUGAAU